AUGGGUCUCUCGUACAACGUCUACCUCACUUCGAAUAAGAUUUUUGGGUGCAAGCACUGCAAAACGCACUUGGCGGACUACAACGAUAUCAUCAGCCGGAAUUUCCGCGGUCAGCAUGGUAAAGCGUACUUGUUCAACACAGUAGUCAACAUCACCCAAGCCGAGGCCGUCGAACGCAACAUGACGACUGGUCGACAUGUGGUCCGAGACAUCGCCUGCAGGCAGUGCAAAGAGACGGUAGGGUGGAAAUAUGACAAAGCAUACGAAGGCAGUGAGAAGUACAAGGAAGGGAAAUUCAUCCUAGAAGAGGAGCUACUCUGCGUGGUGUGCUAG